AAAAUGUGUUCACAUGCACGCUCUGCAGUUGUAACUUGACCUCACCAAGAUGGCGGUGCUCUCCUCCCAUGAGGAAUCACGUGAUGUCUCCUCUGGUGAUAUAAUUUAUUAGAUUAAAAACUGAACUCUGAACUUUUUUGAGUCGAGUACUGAAGAAUAUUUCUCCACCACUAGGAGGCAGCAAAACUACAAAUUGAUGUGAACCGACAUCAAACAAACACCAACGAAAAAGUCCACGCGCGCAGCUGACUAACCCAAACAGGCCCCUUUAGUGUUUCCGGUAGGUUUUUGUCAACAGUAAAGUUAAGAUUUUGGUUUUCUGUGUGAAUCUUAAAGGGGCGCGUGGGUGGUAGCACAGAAUUCAUGUUCCAGGGCUCUGCGUUCCGCUUGUAAACAUGAAUGUGGCCCAAAACAAAACGCUACACGAGGACGAGGCUCGGGUGGUCGAAAACGCGAUCCGACUGGCGGUGGACUCGGUUCUGAACGUGCUGUCCGGUCUCAGCGGCGCCAAAGUCCACGAGUACCGAAGGAUGGUGGCCGACAGAGACAAAGAGAUCCAAUGGCUCGAGCGCAGGCUCGCGGAGAUCGAGCGCGAGCUUCAGGUGCUGCGCCGGCGCGGCUGCACGUGCGAGCUGUUGCGGGACGAACCCGUCCUCGGGAGGCCCCGAGGCUCCGAGGAGCAGAGCCAAACCAGAACCGGCGAGCAGACGGGAGGGCCGGUGGAGUGCGAGAUGAGCCUGUCCUUGGGUGUUUUUGGCUGCCCCCCCUCUGACAUCUCCUCCCAAAGCCCUGGCUCUGCCUCCUGGUCCCCCCCCUGCAGACAGAGCGUGGACCCUGCCGGCACCUUCUACUCUUCGGAGGCCUCGGCAGCAGACAGAAGCCUGACUCCUCGCAGCCUCAAACAGGAGCCCGCCGACUUCAGCGCCAUCACCAUCAAGUGGGAGGAGGGGGAUCUUCAGGAGACAGCCGGCAGCCCCCGACGGGAUGGGGAGAGACCUGCUGAGGGGGACCAAACAAAUGAGAUGAGAGAGAAGCCUCAGGCCGACCGCGGAGAGCAGCACCUCAUGGAGGGGGAGCAGCUCAGGAAACAGAAGAGGAGCGUGCCGACGUGCGAGCUGACGGAGGAAGCUCAGAGGCUGAAGAGGGCAGCCUGGAGGGCGGCGUCCAGGCGCUACUACGCCCGUAAAAUCGCCCGGCAGCAGGUGAAGCCUCAGCGCAGCGCCCCUCUGGUUCCCGUCCUGAGCUCUCAGGUUGCUCAGCCCCCCUUCAUGCUGGACAGGAGGAGACGGACGCAGAUAUCGCAGCUUCCCGAGCAGUCGCAGGAGUCGCAGAGGGAGGCGUGGAGAGCCGCGUCGCGCAGGUACUACGCCCGCAAAAACGCCCGCCUGCAGACGCAGAGCCACCAGUUUGGACACCUAAGCUUUAACCCAGACGGAUCGGCGCAGGGGCCAAACAGAGAGGGGCCCCACUCCACCAGUGGAGGAGGAAUUAUGUGCAGCUGACGUUUCUCAGAGAAAUCCUGAAACUUUUAUGGCGUUUUUGAUCAGUAAGCCACCAGAAGCACCCAGGUGAUCCGGAUCGAGGGCUGAAAAUGAACUGCUGAAUCAUCUGGUGUUCGACCUGAGGCUGUCAUGCUGCGUUCACAGACACCGGGAAACACAGUUUCUGCCUUCAGGCAGGAAUAAACACGACUCUGUUCUUCGAACACAGUCGAACACAGAAUGUGUCUCAAAAAUGUUUAACAGUGUGAAAAAGCAACAGCAGAAUAAACCCUGUGACGUGUUUUCUGAGCAUCAAAACUUUUUUAUUGUCGUUUUAUAAAUGUACCAACUCAGAUUUAUCUUUUUUUCUCCUUUCUGAAGGUUUCAUUUGACAGUUAUGUCUAUAUUUCUGGGUUUUUUUGUGUUUUGUGUAAAGAUGCUGACUGCAGGAACAGCAGCACAGCGCCCCCAGUGUUCGACACAUGUAACUGUCAGUGUCACAUUACUUUUAAUACAACCUUGAUGUAUUUUUUAUCCAGUACAAGAAAGAAAUAAAGCAGCUAAAUCAAAA